AUGAGAUCAUCUCCAUAUAGCACAAAUCCAAACAAAGGGAAACAGCGAGCACCUCCACGGAAAAAGGCAUGUCAGAAUUGCACCAAAUCCAAAGUACGAUGUGGACUGGAAAAGCCUAUCUGUUCGCGAUGCAGGUCGAAAGGCCGCAGUUGCCAAUAUCCGCCAGGGCGCGUCGCUGCACCUGGGAUUGGGGUCACCGGUACCGCUAACGACGCAGGAGAAGACUAUACACCACUUCUUGAUAUACAGGGAUUCGCAGACACCGCUAUAGCUCCAGAAACAGUGUCUUUGAUUCCCGAAUCCGGUCCAGCUGCGGCUUUCAGGUCUCCUCGUGCUCGAGUUGUAACCAGCGGACAGACUAGACGCCUCGGUCUCGUUUUUAAAGAUAUUGACUUGACUCCUAGUUUAAAUGCAGUAGAUAUCCGGGACAGAUGGCUGAGACCGUAUCUCCUCCCUCCUCUGGGACGAGAUGAGAUUCCCAAGGCCUACCACCCCUUUACGUUGCAAUACAUUUCCGUUAUCCUCAAGACAUAUCCACGUUAUAUGCUGAAGGAUGGCGGAUUCCCGCCAAUUAUACAUCAUACGCAAGUCAAUACGAAUCAUAUGCCACAAUCUCUGGCGAACUGCUACAGCCUUGUCCGAAUGUGGGAGCAAGCCGCGCCAGGAAGCGAGACGAUGGUGAUGGGCACUGUGGAGGCGGAAAUGGAAAGACUGGCAAGUGAGACAAUGAGUCAACAUGACUACGACCUCCUGUGUUCCUUCCAAGCCUACCUUGUCUAUACCAUCUUGAUGUACUUUAGCCCUCUCGGCAACGUCUCCGCAGUUACCGAUAAAACCAUGAUGACCUUAAUGGAGCUUGCCUUUCGUACUGCUCAGAAUGGCCUAUUCUGCACGGCGGAGAUUACUCAUACACGACCGAGUUGGGAAUCCUGGAUCGUGGUCUCGGCCAAACGUCGUGCCAUCUAUACGAUGUACUUGCUCAGCAGUGUUUACAAUUCGGAUCGUGGUCUACCAAAUUUUGUGGCAGACGAGAUGAAGGGGGUCUAUGUCCCCGAAAGCAGGGUACUAUGGGAAGCCACAGACCGAGGAGUAUGGGAAAAGGAGUAUGAUCGGCACCUCCUGGAAUGGGAAGAUGGGAUGCUGGAAAUAUCGGAGUUAUGGCGAUCAGCCGAGACUCGGUCGACUGAACGACGGGAAAGGAUCGGAAAAUGGGUUCGAGGGGUGGACGAGUUUGGUAUGAUGUUGUUCGCGGUCUGCGCGCAUAUCCAUGGCCGCUAA